AGAGAGAGAGGGAUAUAGAGAGAGAAAGGGGCUCAAAGAGAGAGAAAGAGAGAAGCAGAGGUAGAUAGAGAUUAGAGAGAGAGAGAGAGAGAGAGAGAGACAGUUAAAAGUCGGUUAGUAUAUGAAAGCAGAGAGGGGGGAAGAAGAAGAAGAAAUGGUUACAGACCAAGAAAUCUUGCAGGGCUUGCAAUCCCUAAUCCGCGAAUCCUCUUCGAACCCUAAUGGCUUAAACACGCUAAGCGACGUCGUUCAGCAGCUGGAAUCGAAGCUCGGGGUCGACCUCUCCCACAAGUCCGACUUCAUACGGGCCCAGAUCCAACUCCUUUUCCGAUCCCACCCCCCUCAACCCCACCCCCACCAGCUCCAUCAUCAUCAACACCCACAACAUUCUCACCCCAAAGACCAUUUUGCCCCCCAUCAAAACCCUAAUUUCCACCACCCAACCCCUUCCGCCUUCCAGACCUUCUCUUCCCAGCCCCCUCCGCCUAAACCCGAAGCUGCUGCCUCCGUCGCCGUUGCGCCCUCUGAGCCGCCCAAGGACAGCACUCAAACAAAACCUAAGAAAAGAGGUGGCCCAGGGGGUCUAAACAAACUCUGUGGUGUAUCCCCUGAACUUCAGACCAUCGUUGGCCAACCAGCUCUUCCAAGGACUGAGAUUGUGAAGCAGCUAUGGGCUUACAUAAGGAAGAACAAUCUCCAAGAUCCUAGUAACAAAAGGAAGAUAAUUUGCAACGAUGAGCUGCGAUUGGUGUUUGAGACAGAUUGUACUGACAUGUUCAAGAUGAACAAGUUGCUUGCCAAACAUAUUAUACCUCUUGAACCUACAAAGCAGGCAGCUCCUAAAAGGCGUAAGGUAGAUGUAGAGGCUGAAACUAAAAGCACUGAAUCUGGUCCUUCUGUGAUUAUAUCUGAAGCACUUGCUAAUUUUUUUGGUGUUGGUGAAAGGGAGAUGCUUCAAUCAGAAGUUUUAAGACGUGUCUGGGAGUAUAUAAAAGUCAAUCACCUGGAGGAUCCUCUAAACCAGAUGGCUAUACUAUGCGAUGCAAAGCUGCAGGAACUCUUCGGUUGUCAGAGCAUCUCUGCCUUGGGAAUACCUGAGGUGUUGGCCCGCCAUCAUAUAUUCAGAAGACCAUGAUGGCUGGUCAUGGAUGCCGUUGCAGAUCGGGUACAUUAAAUGACAACAUUUUAAUGCACAGUCUAUGGAAGAAGUUGAUAUGGAACUUGUAUUUAUGUAAAGACCAUGACCUACCUCAUGGCUGAUCUUAUUUUGUAGUUGGGGCCAUGAUCCUAUGGUUCUGGUUUAACUGACUUGGCAUUUUAGGUUAGAAUGACCCUUGGGAGUUUCUAACACCUGUAAAAAUGGCAGACAGUAGAAAAGAAAAAAAUAUUAUGUAAGAUGUUAGCUUUAUUUGCAGGCAUGAAUCAGAAUGAUGUUUAUUUGUUCA